UAUUAACAAUUUAUUAAGAAGCAUCCAAGAAGGAGAUUCUAUCUUUGCCUCCCUUAUAUAUAAAGACAUUCUACUUAGGCUACAUCUUCUUCUCAUAUCUCAAACAAAGCUUCGUUAAACUAAACUGUGAUGGAUACUAUCAAGUCCUUUAAGGGCUAUGGCAAAGUUGAUCCUGCUGAAGAACAAGCAUUCCGGAAAAAGACACGAAAGCGUUUGAUCAUUUUAAUAGUCUCCGCCAUUGUUCUUGUUGCUGUCAUCAUUGGAGCUGUGGUAGGAGUUGUGGUGCACAAGGGCAAAAGUUCUUCUGAUGAUUCGGUUCCGGCAUCCGGAAUGACUCCAUCGGCCUCUCUCAAGGCGGUUUGCAGUGUGACUCGAUACCCCAGUUCUUGCUUCUCGAGUAUCGCCAGUCAAGCUGGCGCCUUCAACACUACUGAUCCAGAAAUGUUCUUCAAGCUUUCUUUACGCGUCGCCAUUAAUGAGACGUCGAAGCUGUCGGAAAUUCCAUCUAAGCUCAAGGAGAAAACCGAUGAUGCUCAAGUUAAAGAUGCUUUGACUGUUUGUGAAACAGUGUUUGAUGAUGCUGUAGAUCGGCUCACGGAUUCUUUGUCUUCCAUGGAAGUUGCUGAGGGAGAGAAGUUGUUGUCCUCAUCAAAGAUUGAUGAUAUGAAGACUUGGCUCAGUGCUUCAAUCACUGACCAAGAGACAUGUUUAGAUGCUCUAGACGAGCUAAACUCAACCCAUUAUGGAAACUCCUCCAUUCCAAAAGAUAUUAGAACUGCCAUGGAGAACUCUACCCAGUUUGCGAGCAAUAGUUUGGCCAUUGGAACAAAGAUUGUUAAUUUAUUGUCCCAGGUUAAAGUUCCUAUUCAUAGGAGAUUACUUGGUUUUGAAAGAUCAGAUUCUUCAGGGUUUCCGAGAUGGGUUAGCGCCGGCGAUAGGCGGCUCCUCCAGGAGAUCAACCCUACACCGAAUGUCACAGUGGCGGCAGACGGCACUGGGGAUUUCCGCACCAUUAAGGAAGCUGUAGAUAAGGUGUCUAAAAAGAGUCCAACAAGAUUUGUGAUACAUAUUAAGAAAGGAACUUACAAAGAGAAUGUGAUUUUGGAUAAACAUAAGUGGAAUGUGAUGAUGUAUGGUGAUGGCAAGACACAUACUAUUGUUUCUGGGAGCUUGAAUUUCAUUGAUGGAACUCCUACAUUCUCUACAGCCACUGUUGCUGUUGCUGGUAAGGGUUUCAUGGCAAAAGACAUGACUUUCAUCAACACAGCAGGAGCAGCGAAACACCAAGCAGUGGCCUUCCGGUCCGGCUCUGACCAGUCGGUAUUUUACCGGUGUAAAUUUGAUGCAUUUCAGGACACUCUAUAUGCCCACUCCAAUCGUCAAUUCUACAAGGAUUGUGACAUUACAGGCACCAUUGACUUUAUCUUUGGCAAUGCUGCUGUUGUUUUACAAAACUGCAACAUCCAGCCUAGGCAACCUCUGGCUAACCAAUUCAACACCAUCACAGCCCAAGGCAAAAAGGACCCAAACCAGAACACUGGCAUUUCAAUUCAGAAGUGUACAUUUUCACCUCUAGACACUACUCUAACAGCCCCAACAUACCUUGGUAGGCCUUGGAAAGAAUACUCUACUACAGUCAUUAUGCAGUCUGAGAUUGGGUCAUUCUUGCAGCCAGUGGGUUGGAAAGAAUGGGUCAGCAAUGUUGACCCACCUAAGACCAUAUUCUACGCUGAGUACCUAAACACUGGACCGGGCGCAACCGUCGACCAACGGGUUAAAUGGGCUGGUUAUAAGCCCACUCUCACAAAUGCUGAAGCAGGGAAAUUUACAGUGGGAACAUUUAUCCAAGGCAAUGAAUGGUUGCCUGAGACCAGUGUUUCAUUUGAAGAAGCCUUAUGAUUUUAAGAAGUUGGUUAGAGAGGUAGAUAAUCCAAGGCCAAGAGUCCGAUAUUGGUAUAAUAUUGAGAUACACUUUGUGUGUGUAUGUGUAUGUGCUUGUGCUUUUGUAUUUGUUCUCUUAUUUGUAACAUUAUUUAGAUUAGAAGUGAA